ACGUCACAUCCCCUUGACCCUCCAAUCACCUCGGGGUCUCAUUUGAUUGGAAGGCGGCAAAGGCUUUAAUCUCGGACUAAUUCAGCUGCUUUUGAAGUGAAAAUUUCUACCAGUUCUUACUUCGGGAGUACAGAUCGAGGACCUGCACGCAGAACGCACACGAGACGCAGCGCUCAUGGUGCAAAACGCAGCCGCGGAUCUGCGAUAACCUCGCACGGUCUCCUUUCCAGCUGCCGCGCCUUCGUGCUCCCUCACCAGCAGGAUUAUUGAACCGUUUUACGCCUUUUUCCCUCCCCCUCCCCUUUCUUACACACACAGAAAGAGACAGAGGCUCGGUGCUUUUAUUUUGGUUUCCUUAAUGAAUCUGAAGAAAGCAUCGCCGUUUCCUUUCCUGACAAUUGGGACAUGAUCACAUCGUCCUCGGUGUCUGCCCUGAAAAAUCGUGAUAUUUCUGUAGCCUGGGAAAGCGGCAGUUCUCGGAAUAGCAGCUCGGCGAAGCCUUUUCUCCACUCCGCACCUCCGUCUGAUCCACUACGGCAAGCGAACCGACUUCCCAUCAAGGUUUUGAAAAUGCUUACCGCACGGUCGGGACACAUUUUACACCCGGAGUAUCUGCAGCCGCUGCCUUCUACGCCGGUUAGUCCCAUCGAGCUCGAUGCCAAGAAAAGUCCUCUGGCUCUGCUGGCGCAGACCUGCUCUCAGAUCGGCAAACCGGACCCGCCGCCCUCCUCCAAAUUGUCCUCCGUAACAUCGAAUGGAUCUACUGAAAAGGAUUCUAAAUCGGGCCCUUUGAAACUUAGUGACAUCGGCGUGGAUGACAAAUCUAGCUUCAAACCGUAUUCGAAACCUGCAGAUAAGAAGGACUCGUCUUCGGGCGUCUCGGGCGGAGAAAAGUCUGGUUUCCGAGUGCCGAGCGCCACCUGCCAGCCGUUUACGCCGCGGACAGGCAGCCCCAACUCCAGUACUUCUGCCUCCCCCAUGCCAUCAGAGGGGAAAUGUGGGGACCGUGAUGAAAAGAAAGAGUCUGAUUGUAACAAAAAUGGCACUACGGACGGCUCUGGCACCACGAGCCAUAGCAGGAUAAGCGUGAGCUGUGGCGGAAUUAACGUAGAGGUCAACCAGCACCAGGAGACCACGUCUGGCACUAAAACCACCUCCUCCUCGGAAUCCUCUGUGACUUCUGUGUCCUCCGCGUCCGUGCUUGGGUCAGGACUCGUGGCGCCGGUUUCUCCUUACAAACCAGGGCAGACGGUUUUCCCUCUGCCUCCAGCGGGUAUGACCUACCCGGGCAGUCUGGCUGGGGCCUACGCGGGUUAUCCUCAACACUUCCUGCCCCACGGAGGGAGCCUGGUUAACGCGCAGCUGGCCAGCUCGCUGGGCUGCAGUAAGGCCGGAUCAAGCCCCUUGGCCGGGGCUUCUCCGCCGUCCAUCAUGUCAGCCAGCCUGUGCAGAGACCCUUACUGCCUCAGCUAUCACUGUGCCAGCCACUUAGCGGGCGCAGCCAGCGCGUCUUGCACGCACGACUCUGCGGCCGCGGCGGCCGCAAACGCGCUGAAAUCCAGCUACCCACUAAUGUACCCGACUCACCCCAUCCACGGCGUUCACUCCUCGGCGCCUUCUUUCAGCGGACACCCCCUCUACCCUUACGGCUUCAUGCUGCCCAAUGACCCUCUCCCUCACGUUUGUAACUGGGUGUCGGCAAACGGACCGUGUGACAAGCGUUUCUCCACGUCUGAGGAACUCCUGAACCACCUGAGGACACACACGGCUUUUACCGGGGCGGAGAAGUUGAUAUCUGGUUAUCCCGGGUCUUCAUCACUGGCCAGUGCCGCAGCAGCGGCCAUGGCCUGCCAUAUCCACAUGCCACCGUCAGGAGCCCCCGGGAGUCCCGGGACUUUGGCCCUAAGGAGCCCGCACCACGCGUUAGGACUGAGCAGCCGCUAUCACCCGUAUUCCAAAAGCCCCCUGCCCACCCCAGGUGCUCCCGUACCCGUCCCGGCAGCCACCGGCCCUUACUACUCUCCUUACGCACUGUACGGCCAGAGACUCACCACAGCAUCCGCGCUUGGAUACCAGUGAGGGAGGGAGGGGGAAAAAGAAGUUUAUAAAAAUGCAAAUAUAAAGACUUUAAUACGAACAGCGUGAAAACUUAAGGAUCCGUGGACUUCAACUGUAUUUAUUUAAAUGUAGGCUUAAAAGCAGGCGAGAAAAGCUGCAAACCGGAAAAUAUUUGAGCAACUCAAAAAGUGCAUUAUGUUGAACUCUUAUAGGUAAAGUGAACACACACUUGUUAGAAUACUAAUUAAAAGGAGGGGUCCUCAUUUUGAUGUUCAUUUCAAAUUGCUAUGAUUGUAUUUGUUCUUAUUUAAUGUCUCAUCGAGUUGAAAACAAUUUACAUGCAUGUUUGUUUCUUAAAUUUCAAAACUGUCCACAUUUUAAAUUGCUGUUAUUUUUCAGGCAUACGCCUUGGAAAGAGAAUUGGUAUUUUUUUGUAUGUAUUCUGGGGGAAGAAAUAAGAAACAAUUCUGUUCCAUAUCUCCGUGUGCCUCCUUUUCUCAAGCAUAUACAUAUUAGUUAUUUUAACAUAACCUUUUAAUUUAUUUUUCACAGGCUUUUUAUUUUUUUAUUUUUCAAAGCCUUCUGAAUUAAUGUUGGUCGAAAAUCUAUUUCAUCAUUUUGAGAUGGCAGACUGAGGUUUUUAAUUACACAGCAUGU